AUGAAGAGGAAGGCAGAAGAGAGCUUGGGUUCAGGCCACAAGUGGAUGAGGGGAAGCAAGAUCGGCGAGGGAGGCUUCGGCUCUGUCUUCGUAGCUUUCACCAGGAUACCCUACAUCCACAGCCACCACAUGCCUGAGGCCAUGGCCAUGAAAUCUGCAAAGAUGAAGGACUCGGGUUCUAUUCAAUACGAGCUCGAGGUAUACAACGACAUGAAGAAUCGCGGCCGUCUUUGCCCUUUCAUUAUCGACCAUUACGGUGAAGAGGUGACAACGAGCAGUAAGGGCGAAGAGGUUUACAACUUGGCGUUGGAAGUCGCGCGGGGAAGUCUUGCAAGGCUUAUAAAGAAUGUGGGUGGUGGGUUGCCUCAACACGAUGUGCGAAGGUAUACCCGUGACAUUCUUGAAGGGAUUGCCUACAUCCACAAGUGUGGUUACGUCCACUGUGACUUGAAGCCAGAGAAUGUUCUUCUUGUGGAAAAUGAAGACGAGGACGUCCCUAGGAGAAUAAUUGCUAAAGUGGCAGACUUGGGAUUGGCCAAGAAGAAGGACGAGGUUCCUGGAAGGUGGAGAGGUACACCCAUGUACUUGGCUCCUGAGACUCUACGGUUCGAUGAACAAGAGGAGCCAAGUGAUAUAUGGGCCUUGGGGUGCAUAGUUCUUGAGAUGAUCACCGGAGAGCCCGCUCGGAACCACUGUUACGAUGAAGAGAGUAACAAGAUCGUUGUUGUUGACGGAGUUGUGCCUAAAAUCCCUGAAGAUGAAAUCUCAGGUGUUGCGAGGAUUUUCUAG